CGCCCCGCCCCUUCCGGCCUCGCAUGGCGCCGUCUCUUCCGCUGCGGGGAGUAAUAUGGGGACAAUACAUCUGUUCCGUAAAUCACAGAGAUCAUUGGUUGGAAAGUUAACACAUGAAUUUAGGUUGGUUGUAGCAGAUAGAAGGUCCUGGAAGAUUUUGCUGUUUGGUGCUAUAAAUUUAAUAUGUAUUGGCUUCCUGCUCAUGUGGUGCAGCUCUACAAACAGCAUAGCUUUAACUGCUUACACAUAUUUGACAAUCUUUGACCUUUUCAGUUUGAUAACAUGUCUAAUAAGCUACUGGGUAAUGAUGAAGAAACCCAGCCCAGUCUAUUCAUUUGGGUUUGAAAGGUUUGAAGUACUAGCCGUAUUUGCAUCUACAGUUCUGGCACAGCUUGGUGCUCUUUUUAUACUGAAAGAAAGCGCAGAGCGGUUUCUGGAACAGCCUGAGAUACACACGGGACGACUGCUGGUUGGUACUUUUGUGGCCCUGUUUUUCAACUUAUUUACAAUGCUUUCCAUUAGGAAUAAGCCUUUUGCUUACGUCUCUGAAGCUGCCAGCACAAGCUGGCUUCAGGAGCAUGUCGCAGAUCUUAGUAGAAGUAUUUGUGGAAUCAUCCCAGGAUUAAGUAGCAUCUUUCUGCCACGGAUGAACCCUUUUGUCUUGAUUGAUAUUGCUGGAGCUCUAGCUCUUUGCAUUACAUAUAUGCUCAUCGAAAUCAACAAUUAUUUUGCUGUAGACACAGCCUCUGCUAUAGCAAUCGCAUUGAUGACAUUUGGUACCAUGUAUCCCAUGAGUGUCUACAGUGGGAAAGUACUACUCCAGACAACCCCACCUCAUGUGAUUGGCCAGUUGGAUAAACUUCUUAGAGAGGUUUCAACUUUGGAUGGUGUGCUGGAAGUUCGAAAUGAGCAUUUUUGGACAUUAGGUUUUGGCACUUUGGCUGGAUCAGUACAUGUCCGAAUUCGGAGAGAUGCAAAUGAACAAAUGGUACUUGCUCAUGUCACUAACAGAUUGUACACAUUGGUCUCUACUUUGACUGUUCAGAUUUUCAAAGAUGACUGGAUCAGACCUACCUUAUCAUCUGUGCCUAUUGCAAACAAUAUUCUGAACCUUUCGGAUCAUCAUGUUAUUCCAAUGCCAUCUUUGAAAGCUGUUGAUAAUUUGAACCCUGUUACGUCCACUCCAGCUAAGCCCAGCAGCCCACCGCCAGAAUUUUCUUUUAACACGCCAGGCAAAAACGUGAGUCCAGUCAUCCUUUUAAACACUCAAACAAAGCCCUAUGGAUUGGGCUUUAAUCAUGGAUCCACACCCUACAGCAGUGUACUCAAUCAAGGACUUGGAAUACCAGGGAUGGGAGCAGCUCAAGGAUUCAGGACUGGUUUUACAAAUGUCCCAAGCAGAUAUGGAACAAAUGCUCGUGGUCAGCCCCGACCAUAAUAAACACCAUUAUUUAUUGUACUUAAGGGUAUUGACUUAAUUCUUUUAUUACCCAAUUUUUAUAAACAUUUGGAAUGUCAGAUCAUUCUAAAUGGCUGGGAACAAGUGCAUUGUUCAUAUUCAUGAAAUGGUUAAAUUGCAACUUUUUUCUUUGCAUCAGCCUGUGUAAUGCCACAGAUAUUUUUCAGACUUAUGAUACUUUACAAGUAGUUUUUAUAGAGUGUCUAUUUCUACUCAUCUUUUUAUCCACUUUUCUUCAUUCAUCCAAGAAUGUAUUGAGACAUAGCACAACUCCAUAAGAGAGUAGAAUUGUGACCAGGUAGCAUUUUUUUUCUAAUGCAAAUUGCUUACAGAAAUACAAGUCCCAAUUUUCAGAGAUGUUUUGAUUGCUUUAUUAAGCCAUCUUUUGGCAAAGUCACAAUUAGUUUUUGGUUGCAGAAAUCCAUCAGUAUUUGUAUUGUGGCCAUUGUGAAGACAAUCUGGCAUUUCAGAUUGUAAUUAAUUUUGUGAGACCACGUUUUUACAUUUUUAUUGAUGCCUUUAUAGAAAUUCAGAUGGUUCAGCAACCAUUUUCUAGUUAUAAGUAUUUCAUAUUCAUCUCUGAUAUUUCUUCCUUUUUGGUUUAACUGCAAAAUUAUCUAGCAAUAUACUGGGAAAUAAAAUAUUUAAAACCUAAAAGAUUUUACAAGCACCUCUUUUUUACAAUUAACCCUAUUUAGGAUACAGAGCAGAUGACUGUAUUGUUUCUGAAGCCAGUAUUUAAUUUUUGACUAUGGAAAGUAUUCUGUGAUUUGAUUGUGACUUUGUAUUUUUCCUCUUUGUAUUCUUUCUGUAGUUUCAGGGGGAAAAGUAUCUAUUUAUAUUCCUGGUUUAUAUCCAGAGUGCAGAUUGCUGACAGUUCUUAGUCACUGCUGGAGUGCUUGACCUUUGGGGCACACUUGGAACAAGAACACUUACCUUGUCUCUGCUUUUGCAUUACUGUUCUGCUGUACAUCUAGAUGGCCAUAUUUCUUCAGGGCCUUUCUCAGAUAGCUCUUUGCUCUGACUGUUUUCUUUUUCUUCACUGCUCUGACAACAGGGAAAGGCCUUUUAGAAAUACUUCAAUUUUUUCUGUUCUCCUGUGUGGUAUCUAUCUUAUGAUUGCUCCUCUGCACAUUCUUCUGCAUCUCUUGGCUGUUGAGGAAUGGGUUGCCCAUUCCUGUUGUUUCACUUGCAACUCAGGGUGCUAUAUAUUGGCUUACACCUUGUUCAUUUGUAUACUAAGUGGUCUCUCCAUUUGUCUGAGGUGGUUACAUGGAGCUGUAGUAUCUCAGGGAUUCCAAAGAUAUUAUGUUACCUGAAGAUAAUGGCUUUGAUAAAGAAAUCAUUCUCUUGUA